AUGGAUCGGGCUCUCGCACUCGCGGUGACCGACAAGAAGCCGGUCCCCGAGAUCGAUUUCACAUUGCAUACGAUGGAGGAUGGCAUGCAGGUGUCGACGAUGGAGCGGGUGGUGAAAGAGAUCAGAGGUCCAAGCGCCUGCCUUGAGUACCCCCCCGACGAUAUGUUUUGGUCCCCCGACGACCCGUCCAAGCCAAAUCUCCAGUACCUCAAGCAGCACUUCUAUCGCGAAGGCCGUCUCACUGAGGAUCAGGCACUAUGGAUUAUCCACGCCGGGACAGAGGUUUUGCGAUCGGAGCCUAAUCUCUUAGAGAUGGAUGCCCCCAUUACCGUCUGCGGUGAUGUUCACGGCCAGUACUACGAUUUGAUGAAGCUGUUCGAGGUGGGCGGUGACCCGUCAGAGACGCGCUAUCUGUUUCUGGGUGAUUACGUUGAUCGGGGUUACUUCAGUAUUGAGUGCGUUCUGUAUCUCUGGGCUCUGAAGAUCUGGUAUCCGGACUCGCUUUGGCUGCUGCGGGGUAACCACGAAUGUCGCCACUUGACGGACUACUUCACAUUCAAGUUGGAGUGUAAACACAAGUAUAGCGAGCGGAUCUAUGAGGCGUGCAUCGAAUCCUUCUGUUCUCUGCCGCUGGCGGCGGUCAUGAACAAGCAAUUCCUCUGCAUCCACGGUGGUCUCAGCCCGGAGCUGCACACCCUCGAGGAUAUCAAGGCGAUCGAUCGUUUCCGCGAACCCCCAACCCACGGCUUGAUGUGUGACAUUCUCUGGGCCGAUCCUCUGGAGGAAUUUGGUCAAGAAAAGACGGGCGAUUUCUUCAUUCACAAUAGCGUUCGUGGUUGCUCUUACUUCUUCUCCUAUCCUGCCGCGUGCGCGUUCCUGGAGAAGAACAACCUCCUUUCGAUUAUUCGAGCCCAUGAGGCCCAGGACGCCGGUUACCGUAUGUAUAGGAAGACACGGACAACCGGCUUUCCGAGUGUGAUGACGAUUUUCAGCGCUCCCAACUACCUCGAUGUGUACAACAACAAGGCUGCCGUCCUCAAGUACGAGAACAACGUCAUGAACAUCCGUCAAUUCAACUGCACCCCGCAUCCCUACUGGCUGCCGAACUUCAUGGAUGUCUUCACCUGGUCUCUGCCCUUUGUUGGUGAGAAGAUCACGGAUAUGCUUAUCGCCAUUCUCAACACCUGCUCGAAGGAAGAACUGGAAGACGACGAAACCCCCUCGACCACCUCACCGGUUGGCCCAUCGUCUCCUCCUUUGCCCAUGGACACCGAGUCCACCGAGUUCAAGCGACGUGCCAUCAAGAACAAGAUUCUUGCUAUCGGCCGUCUCUCGCGUGUUUUCCAGGUCCUUCGUGAGCAGUCCGAGAGUGUCAGUGAACUGAAGACGGCGGCUGGCGGCCGUCUCCCCGCGGGUACUCUCAUGCUGGGUGCCGAAGGUAUCAAGCAGGCUAUCCACAACUUCGAGGAUGCGCGCAAGGUCGAUUUGCAGAACGAGCGCCUGCCUCCUAGCCAGGAGGAGGUCUACCAGAAGAGCGAGGCAGAACAUAAAGCUGCUAUGCAGCGUGCGCAGCAUGAGGCUGACAAUGACGCCGGGCUUGCGACCAUUGCCAGGCGUAUCUCCAUGUCCGCCGGCACGGGGCGCAGUCGCCGUCAGCGUGAUUCGCGAGACUCCAAGGAGGCCUAA